CAUAUCGCCAUUGCUUUGAUUCGGUGUACUUUAUGUUUUACUUACCUUUUAUAAUUAUUACGGAGUUUUAAAGGGACUUUUAUUGUGACACACGUAAAAAUUGUGUUGCGAACUUUAUUUUAUCACCUAUAUUGUGACAGCCAAGCAAAAUAAAAUUACGUGUUCAUAUGAUACGUUAUUAGAAGAUACGAGAUACGCAUUUCAACGAACACCAAACCUGACCGUAUUUGAAUCACUUCGUCCAUUGACCGCUUGUAUUGAAAACCAUUGAUUGCCAGUCGAGUGCUUAGCGUGUGUAAAGACGUCAAACUAAUCGAUAAAUACAGAUUGGCCACAACCGACCAUGGAAACAGCGACAGCGACUCUGGUUGGCGAACAGCAGUUGCCAACGGCACCAGAAUUGCCGACUUCAUCAACCAAUGUCAAUAGCAGCAACGGCAACGAAAGCGGCAGCAAUUUCCCUAAUGCAUCGGAGCGUGUGGAUACCGAAAAUAUUGGCUGGAAUAGGGACAGAACUGAUGCCACAUCGGAGUUGCGCCAGCGUGCAACGUCAUAUUCGUUCACGGGCAGUGCCCUGGCCAGUGGCAACAAGUCGGAGCUCAAUGAAACGGAAGCGGCUGGGUCAAGUAGUGACAACAGCGCCACUGUGAAUGACAAGGACAAGGACAAGGAUAAGGAGCAUAGCGAGGAAUCACUGUACGAGUGCAACAUAUGUUUGGAUACAGCGAAGGACGCGGUGGUUAGCAUGUGUGGCCAUCUCUUCUGUUGGCCAUGCUUGCACCAAUGGCUGCUAACGCGACCCAAUCGCAAACUCUGCCCAGUUUGCAAGGCAGCCGUGGACAAGGACAAAGUUAUACCGCUCUAUGGUCGCAAUAGCACACGCCAGGAGGAUCCACGCAAUAAGGUGCCACCUCGUCCUGCCGGCCAGCGUACAGAGCCUGAGCCUGCACCUGGCUUUCCGGGCUUCGGGUUCGGUGAUAGCUUCCACAUGUCAUUUGGCAUUGGCGCUUUCCCCUUCGGUUUCUUUACAUCAUCGCUUAACUUUCGCGAGCCACGCCCAGCAGCGGCUAAUCGGGGCACCACGCAAUACGACGAUGAGCAGACACUCUCCAAACUGUUUCUCUAUCUCGCUUUUCUCUGCAUCGGAUGGCUGUUGUUUGCCUAGCAACUUCACCAUAGGGCGACCAUGUAAGAAUGUCGCACCCAUAACAAUAACAACAACAACAACUACAACUACAGCAACAUCAACGGGAAUAGCAACAAAAUAGCAAUUAAAAUAAUAACCAAAAUAAUACCAACACGAAAGUAUACUAAAAGCCCCAAUAUGAAUUAGGAGCAUCUUCAAAACGCAAAAUUCCUACAGUUCUUGUCAUUUCACGAUCAGCUGUCUUUAAAUUGUAUUAAACUAAUUUUUUGUUCUCUAUUUUAUUUUGAUGCCUUUUUGAAAAUACCUAGACUUUUAAAAUGUUUUGCGUGUUGACGUUGCGACAUCUUUGAAAGGAAUGCCCCCCACCCUAAAGCUUUAGAUGUGAUUGUCAAUAAUGCAGUUUCGCUAUCACAGUGAAUACUUUUCAAAUAAAUUGUUUGGUCUGUCCACCUCUUCAUGUCCUUCAAUCGCAAUUGAUGAAAAUAUAACAUAUAAACGAAUAUGAAUUGUAUAAAAUAAUUAAAAUAGAGAAACACUCUAAUACAACAACAACAACAAAAGACAACACCUAACGCCCAAUGAGUGGAUGCAUGCAAAUAAAACACGAUAUUUUAUGUAUACGUAUAUUGUAUGUACAACUCCCAAGUGAACUAUUUAUUCAAGCUUUCGCGUUUAAUAUGAAUGUAUAUGUAUGUAACAAUAAACUAUAGUUAAUGGCAAUGCAAA